CCCUGCAUCUGGCAUUUGGCAGAGAAGUAAGAGCAGGAGUGAUUCCAGGAGAAGAGGCUGCAGAGAGCAGGCAGAGAACUCCUAUCAUCAGCAACUGCUAUUGCCAAGGCCAGCCAGCCAGCCGGGACACCAUGGAUGUCUUUAAAAAGGGUUUCUCCAUCGCAAAGGAGGGAGUGGUGGCCGCAGCUGAGAAGACCAAGCAGGGAGUCACCGAAGCAGCUGAGAAGACCAAAGAAGGGGUGAUGUACGUAGGCACAAAAACCAAAGAAGGAGUGGUGCACAGUGUCACUUCUGUUGCUGAGAAGACCAAAGAACAGGCCAAUCUCGUGGGAGACAGUGUGGUGUCCAGCGUAAACACAGUGGCAAAGCAAACAGUGGAAGGAGCAGAGACUGUUGUAACCAGCACUGGUCUGGUCAACAAGGAGGAGCUUCAUCCAGAUCAACACCAAGACCAACCUGCUGGGUUUGGAGAAGAAGACAUCCUGGUGGAAGCCACAGAGCCCCAAUUUCUAGACAAUUUUGCUAUAUUGGGUGACAAUUAA